GAAGAAUCUGACAAUUCCACGUCGCCAUUUGCGAUUCUCAUCUCUUCCAAAAUGUGAGAAACUUUUAAAAAAAAGUUUGCUCUUUUGUUAACAGGUCAAACAAGAAACCAAAUCUCCAAGUGUUAGCGAUCUAAAACUUCCAAUUUUGUUUCUUCUCCUUUAUUUAUUUUUCUGUUCCUUUACCGCCUUAUCUCUGAUCCGGUAUAAGUCACUGGGAUCAGUUCAAAUCUAAGGAAGAAGAAGAUGGGUUCUCUUAACAAAGACGAGGAAUUUAGCGUUGGAGAUGGAUGGUCAAAAGAUGCGAUCUUGUACGUUAAUGGAGUUCUCCAUGUUCUCCCUGAUGGGCUUGCCCAUCUCACUCUCUUGCAGUAUUUGCGAGAUUUGGGUCUGACGGGGACAAAGCUUGGAUGUGGUGAGGGAGGCUGUGGGGCUUGCACGGUUAUGGUCUCUAACUACGAUCAACAUACAAAGAAAUCAAGGCACUAUGCGGUUAAUGCAUGCCUUGCUCCAUUGUAUUCAGUGGAAGGAAUGCAUGUAAUUACAGUGGAGGGUCUUGGAAAUUCCAAAAAUAGUCUUCAUCCUAUCCAGGAAUCGUUAGCACAAGCUCAUGGCUCACAGUGUGGUUUUUGUACUCCUGGAUUCAUCAUGUCCAUGUAUGCAUUAUUGAGAUCAAGCAAAACGCCACCAACUGAAGAGAAGAUUGAAGAGAGCCUUGCUGGAAACUUAUGUCGUUGUACAGGUUAUAGACCAAUUGUUGAUGCUUUCCGAGUUUUUUCCAAAACUGAUGAUUCUUUGUACACUAGAUCAUCUCCAGAAGGAGUGCCAAAAGAUGGAUUCAUUUGUCCAUCAACUGGACAACCAUGUUCCUGUGGUGAAAACGCAGCUAAAAGCUGUGAAGAUUUGAGUGAACCUGUAAUUUCUGGAAACAAGCAGAAACCAUUUUCAUACAAUGAAAUUGAUGGAAGCUCGUACACUGAGAAGGAACUAAUUUUCCCACCAGAGCUUCGUUUGAGGAAUAAAUUGCCUCUGAACUUGCAUGGGUUUGGGGGAAUUCGGUGGUAUAGACCCCUAAAGCUUCAGCAUGUGUUAGACCUAAAAUUACGAUAUCCAGAGGCAAAACUUGUGAUGGGCAAUAGUGAGGUAGGAAUUGAGAUGAAGUUUAAGAGCGCCCAGUAUCCAGUCUUAAUAUCUGUCACCCAUGUACCUGAGCUUAAUAUUAUCAAUGUCACUGAAAAUGGUUUAGAAAUUGGUGCUUCUGUAAGACUCACAGAACUCCAACAAAUACUGAGAAAGGCGAUAGAAGAGCAAGCCCCUCACAAGAUCUCAUCAUGCAAAGCCAUCUUGGAGCAGCUAAAAUGGUUUGCUGGGACACAGAUAAGAAAUGUUGCUUCUGUUGGUGGAAAUAUCUGCACUGCUAGUCCAAUAUCUGACUUGAAUCCACUUUGGAUGUCAGCUGGAGCCAGAUUUCAAAUUAUUGAUAGCAAAGGAAACAUAAGGACUACCCUCGCUAGGGAUUUCUUUCUUGGUUACCGCAAGAUUGAUCUUGCUAACAAUGAAGUAUUACUUUCAGUUUUCUUACCAUGGACCAGACCUUUUGAGUUUGUAAAAGAAUUUAAACAGGCUCACAGAAGAGAAGAUGAUAUUGCACUUGUUAAUGCAGGGAUGCGUGUAUUUCUUGAAGAAGAUGGUAAAAACUGGAAAGUUUCUGAUGUAUCUAUCGUUUACGGUGGUGUCGCCCCAGUUUCCCUUAUUGCAUCAAGAACUGAAAAUGCUCUUAUUGGUAAGAUAUGGGAUAGAACACUAUUGCAGGAUACUUUAAAUACCUUGAGAGAAGAUGUUCCUCUUUCUGAAGAUGCACCAGGUGGCAUGAUUGAAUUUCGGAAAUCCUUAACGUUAAGUUUCUAUUUCAAAUUUUUCUCAUGGGUUACACAUCUGAUGAAUGAGAAGGGGUUUCUUCAAGAAGGCCUGGAUACAGUUCAUCAAUCAGCAAUACAACCAUAUUCCAGGCCAGCAUCUAGUGGGACUCAGGUGUUUGAAUUGGAAAGACAUGGGACAGCUGUCGGAUUAUCUGAGGUUCAUCUUUCAUCAAAACUACAGGUGACAGGGAAGGCUGAAUACACAGAUGAUGUACUUGCACCUUCAAAUACAUUGCAUGCUGCCUUGGUGUUAAGUACAAAGGCUCAUGCACGCAUUUUGUCCAUAGAUGAUACGCUUGCCAAAUCAACACCCGGUUUUGUUGGCCUAUUUCUCUCUCGAGAUAUUCCUGGCACGAAUAAAAUUGGAGCCAUUAUAUAUGACGAGGAGGUUUUUGCUUCAGAAUUUGUAACUUGUGUUGGUCAAGUAAUUGGGAUUGUUGUGGCUGAUUCUCAUGACAAUGCAAAAAUUGCUUCAGGUAAGGUACGAGUUGAAUAUGAAGAGUUGCCUGCAAUCUUGUCUAUAAAAGAUGCCAUACAGUCUGGAAGUUUUUUUCCCAAUACGGAGAAAUAUCUUGUCAAAGGAGAUGUGGAAGUGUGUUUUCAGUCAGGAGAAUGCGAUAGAAUAAUUGAAGGGGAGGUUCAAGUAGGGGGUCAAGAACAUUUCUAUUUGGAGCCAAAUAGCACAUUGAUUUGGCCAGUUGAUGGUGGACAUGAAGUUCAUAUGAUUUCCUCCACUCAGGCCCCCCAGAAGCACCAGGAAACUGUUGCACGAGUUCUUGAUUUGCCAUUCUCUAAAGUAGUUUGUAAAACUAAACGCAUUGGUGGUGGGUUUGGUGGAAAAGAAACAAGAUCUGCCUUCAUUGCUGCAGCAGCUUGUGUACCAUCGUAUCUUCUGAAGCAACCGGUGAAAAUUACCUUAGACAGGGACAUAGACAUGAUGAUAACAGGGCAGCGUCACAGUUUCCUUGGGAGAUACAAGGUUGGAUUCAGGAAUUCUGGAGAAAUUAUGGCAUUGGAUCUGGAGUUAUUUAACAAUGGUGGAAAUUCGUUGGACCUGUCCUCAUCGGUCCUUGAGCGUGCCAUGUUUCAUUCGGAUAAUGCUUAUGCAAUACCAAAUAUCAGGGUUAAAGGGCAAGUCUGCUUCACAAAUUUUCCAAGUAACACGGCUUUCCGGGGAUUUGGUGGUCCUCAGGGAAUGCUAAUUGCUGAAAAUUGGGUCCAAAGAGUUGCAAUGGAGCUGCAGAAAAGCCCUGAAAAGAUACGGGAGAUCAACUUUCACCAUGAAGGACAUAUUCUGCACUAUGGGCAGAAAAUAAAAAAUUGUACGUUGAGUCAGGUGUGGGGUGAACUAAGAUCGUCCUGUGAUUUCCCAAAGUGUCGUGAAACUGUCGACCACUUUAACCACCAAAAUCGCUGGAGAAAGCGUGGAGUUGCAAUGAUCCCGACCAAAUUUGGCAUCUCCUUCACCACAAAACACAUGAACCAGGCUGGUGCUCUUGUACAAGUUUAUCUUGAUGGGACUGUUCUAGUGACACAUGGAGGUGUUGAAAUGGGACAAGGCUUACACACCAAAAUUGCACAAAUUGCAGCCUCAUCUUUUGAUAUUCCUCUUAGUUCUGUAUUUAUAUCAGAGACAAGUACAGAUAAGGUACCAAAUUCGUCACCAACUGCAGCUUCUGCAAGCUCUGACAUGUAUGGUGCAGCAGUUUUAGAUGCUUGUGAACAAAUUAAGGCACGCAUGAAACCUAUAGCCAGCAGACAUAAUCUUGCUUCUUUUUCUGAGUUGGUGCGCACAUGCUUUAUGGAGCGGAUAGACCUUUCAGCUCAUGGAUUCUACAUCACACCUGAUAUUGGAUUUGACUGGAAAGUUGGUAAAGGAUUACCAUUUAGCUACUUCACAUAUGGAGCAGCAUUUGCCGAAGUCGAGGUGGACAUUUUGACCGGAGAUUUCCACACAAGGAAAGCAGAUAUCGUUAUGGACCUUGGACAUUCUCUUAAUCCAGCUAUAGAUGUUGGACAGAUUGAAGGAGCUUUUGUUCAAGGUUUAGGCUGGGUUGCCUUGGAAGAGCUAAAAUGGGGAGAUCCAGAUCAUAAGUGGAUUAGGAAUGGAAGCCUAUACACUUCUGGACCCGGCACGUACAAAAUUCCUUCUAUGAAUGAUGUACCUCUCAAAUUCAAGGUUUCACUUCUCAAGAAUGCUCCAAAUCCAAAGGCAAUUCACUCUUCAAAGGCUGUAGGUGAGCCUCCAUUCUUUUUGGCAUCAGCAGUCCUGUUUGCUAUUAAAGAUGCAAUAAUAGCAGCAAGAGCAGAAGAAGGUUACCAUGAUUGGUUCCCUCUCGAUAAUCCUGCAACACCCGAAAGAAUUAGAAUGGCUUGUAUCGAUGAUUUCACAAAACCAUUUGCUACUCCAGAUUAUCGACCCAAGCUAAGCAUCUAAAAUGUUAUUUUAUCUUUACUAUGAGAGAACAUAUUUCAGCAUUCAUGAUGUAGUUUUGUAUGAUGUAUAGAGAUGUAUCUCACUUUGUUGUAUCAAUGGCAUACGUUAAUGUAUAGUACAGUUAGCUUCUGUUUAAUAUGAUUUGAUGCAUUUUACAGA